AUGUCUCCCAUCGAGCGUCUCUGGACGCUUAUUCAGAACGUCAAUGGCAACAAUUCCGACAUUGCAGCACUUCACCAGGAGGCGUUGUUUUCUUGGCACGGGAUUGCACAAUGGCCAUAUUAUGCCGAUCUUGAUCAAUUUUCACGACCCCUUCCUCCAACAUCUUCCUACAGCAGCUCCUACUCCUACCCAUCACCAGACAACGACAAACCUGUCUUUGACCUCUCUUCUUACUCCUUCACCCAACAUCAAAACCGCCCAGACCACCUCACAAAUCAAGUCUUCAUGGACGACAGACUUCGCUCCUGCGGCCUCCGGGCAGCCACCAGCUGCUUGUUCAAUAUGUUCGAGACGUCAUGCAUGACUCUCGCCGCCAUCAAAACGGCAUACAUGCAUGGCGUACAAAGCUUUCUCAAUGAGGCCAUUACAAACAACAUCGUCGAAUUCGUGACCCGGGAGAUGUUUGAGGAGGCGGUCCACCACCUCAUUCCGCAAGUCAGAGUGAGCAGGCACUCCCAACCGGCACAAAUUCAGUGCCUACUCACCCUCAUCGCCCGGAGGGGGGAGGACGAUUUCUGCGCGGCCCUUUGGCGUGCUCGAAUCGCAGAGAUGGGCGUCCGCACUGUCAACGCGGCGCCAUCAGACAAUCCAGCCCCUUCCCCCCCUCCUCACCACCUCCUCGGGGCCACACCCGUCCAGAACCUCCAAUUGUUCGUAUCCACAUACGAACGUGUCACCAGCGGUCGGAUCAGAGGGUACGAGGUUGUUCCAGCAACGGAACACCCUUGGGACGGCACCGUCCAGGCAAACCUGGAGGACGAGUACGCCCGCGUCCUCUUCGACCAGGCUGCUCUGGCAAACGACCAGGCGGUCGUGAACCGGUUCCUCGCUGGGGGGAGAAUAAAGUUCGCGUGCUUGCCCGAGAGAGCGCGGCAGCUCGGGGCUAGGGUGGCCGACAAUUUUCCCAUCACCAAUUUUCUUGGUGAUCCAGUUGUUGCCCCAGUCUUCCCCGGUGCCAUCGCGGCUCCUCCUCACGCGGCUCCUCCCGCUCCUCCUGCUUCCGCUCCUGCUCCUGCUCCCGCUCCUCUCCCUACUGCCGCCUUCCCACCACCACCACCACCACCACCUCCUCCUCCUCCUCCGCCACCACCACCUCCAGCAGCCAACAACCGAGUAGCGAGAGCAGCUGCCCUAGGCAGAACGGACGGCCAAGACGUUUGGUUCUGUGACCUUUGCCCGGUCGGUCACCUUGGGCAGACCACCACCGGGGUAAUCAAAAGUCGUCGACCAAUGUUGACGCGACAUUUUCAGCAGACUCACGGUAUGAGUGCUGAUGCAGCCAACCAGAGGGUGAGCCAGUUGUACCACUAA